ACAGGUACGUUUAUUAUAAUACCAGUUAGUGAGAGUAAAAGUGUAGUUGUUUCAAUUGGAACAAAAUUGAAUUGUUUCUGUGAUCCACACAAAAACACAAUCUUCUAACUAUGGACGAACUUAUUCAGAUUCAAUCACCCGAGCAAGUGAUAAUCAAAGAUGAAAUUUGCGAAAAUGAUUUGGAUCUGUAUCAAAUGGCAAAGUUUAACAAGAAUUUACCACAAAUUGACCAUGAUAUUGAAAUAAUAAAAGAGGAGGACGUGCUGAACGAAACAGAAUUGAAUCAACAAGUAGAUCUAUGCAGCAGCCGUGGUGAUUGUAAAGUGACCAGGAAUAAGGAACAAAAUAGACACCAAUCAUUUCACAAUUCGGAUACUUACUGCAAUGUGUGCAAGAUUUCAUUUCAAACAAUCGACCAGUACAACCAGCAUAAAUCCGGUCACGAUAAUAAUCUGAAAUGUAGCCUUUGCACGACGGUUUUGAAAUCUUUCAAAAACUACGACAAGCACAUAGCCAAGUGUAAGCCGUACAAGUGUACCGUAUGCCAGAAGAUAAUUCGAUUUCGUCCGAAUUUCAUUAAGCAUAUGCGAACACAUAAACCGAAAAAUACGAACGAAGAACAUGGCCUAAAAGUGCCCAAGUCCGAGCGACUAAAAUACAAGUGUUCGAGCUGCGAAAAGGAGUUUACCAGUUGGGAGUAUUUUAAGGUUCAUCAAAAGAUUCAUUCGGAGAAUUUGAACUUGAAAUGCGACAUAUGUGAUAAGACGUUCAGUGCGUUGGCAUGCCUACGGGGUCACUACAAGGUUCAUAACGGCGAAAAACCUUUUAAAUGCGAUGUCUGCGGUAAAAAGUUCGGUCAAUCGUACAAUCUGAAAAUUCACUAUCGACUGCACUCCGGUCUGAAGCCGUUUGAAUGCCAAAUCUGCGGUCUGCGCGUGAACACAACAGCCAGCUUCAAUGCCCACAAGAAAACGCACAAAGACUUUAAGUGCGAGAUUUGCAAUGAAAGAUUUAACCAAAAAAUCAAAUACAUGUCCCACAUGGGCAUGCACGAAACGGGAAAAGUAUUGGAGUGCAAAGUUUGCGGUAAAAAAUUCGGUCGAUCGUCUAACUUUUACAACCAUCAACGCAUUCACUUGCGUAUCAUAAAAUUUAAGUGUUACAUCUGUGGCAGUGGUUUCGUCAAGGCAGCUAAUUUGGAUGCACACUUAUUGAUCCACUGCGAUACGGACAAGAACGAAGGGAAUAAUGAAAUGAAUGAUAAAGAACAACGGGAGAAUGAUAGUCAGCAAUAAGUUUAAAUGAACUUUUGCCGUAGGUAUAGCUGUUGUCGAUCACAUAUAAAGGAAUGCUUGUUUGUAAAAGUUCAUUCAAAUUUAUGUAUAAAAUACAAAGUGGUGAAGGGAAUAACUAACGCACGCACAAUUAAACUUUGUUAAAGAAAACCAUCGCGGUACGUAUUGGCAAAAGCUUUCUAUUUAUAGGAUAUAAACAGGUGGAUCACAUAUCUCAUGGAUAAUCACGACGGUUUACUGAACUUUUUUUAUCAAUUUUUUACUUGUUUCAAUAAAGUUAGAUUUUUAUCUGA